AUGAAGACCCUUGUCAUUUGCAUCGUUGUCGCCUUCUGCGCAUUAUAUGCGUCAGCUACCCUUCAGAAUGUCACCGUCAAAGGAGUUGCCGUUUGCCAGAAGAGGCGGAUGGCCAAUCAGCUUGUACAGUUGUGGGACCGCGAUACUUUGGAUCCCAACGACCUUCUCGCUGAAGUGCACACCAACAAAGAAGGCGAGUUCGAACUAUAUGGAGAGGAGAAUGAGGUCGGAAGCAUUGAGCCGUUCAUCCGCAUUCAUCACAACUGUAACGCCAAGCCGGGCUGCACUCGUGUUGGCGACUACGAGGUGCCGAAAAGCAGAAUCGGAGGCCUAUACGAUAUGACGUACGUGACUUUGGACAUCAGUAUGCGAUCUCUGGUACUUCUCGCUGUUCUGGCUGCAUGCUAUUUCUCCGUUUCGGCUAAAAUGCAGAACGUAACCGUCAAAGGUAUUACCGUAUGCAACAAGAAACGCCUGGCAAACGUCCACGUCGAGCUUUUCGAUAAGGAUACUCUUGACCCUAACGAUCUUCUCGCAGAGACGCAUACCAAUGCUGAAGGCGAAUUCGAACUAUUCGGUCAGGAAGACGAGGUCGGCAGCAUUGAGCCUUUCAUUCGCCUUCACCACAACUGCCAAGUAUCGAAGCCGGGUUGCAUGCGCAUCGGAGAUUACGUUGUCCCGCAGGACAAAAUCGGAGGCCUUUACGACAUGACAUACGUAACACUUGAUAUCGUUGUCGCAGGCGAGAAGGAGAAGUUUGACCCCCAUGAUCUUCUCAAUGAAACCCACACCAAUCUUCAAGGUGAAUUCCGAUUGUAUGGAGAACAAGACGAGGUGAGCACUGAACUGGCAUUUCAUAUCCUUCCACUUCUAAUUAGGCUUAUUCAGCUCGGAACCAUCGAACCUUUCAUUCGCCUUACCCACAAUUGCAAAGCCAAGCCGGGUUGCGUGCGUGUAGGUGACUACGUCGUACCAACGGACAAACUCGGAGGAGUUUAUGAUAUGACUUACGUCCCGCUCGAUAUCGUCGUUUCAGGAGAAGGGGAACAAUGCGUUUGA